AUGGAGGGGACAUUCCUCGUUUGGUACGGAGAGGCACAGUACAGCGAGGAUAUGGCGACUCCUGAGCCACCAGUAGAGUAUGUAGAUGUACUCGUGGUAGGUGGAGGACCGGUGGGCCUCAUAACCGCCUACCAACUCGCACGUAACCUCCCCCAACCUACCCACCGCAUCAAAAUCAUCGAGCAAUACCCAAAAUCCUCCCAAGACAACUAUGGUCGUGCCAUCACCCUCUUUCCCCGCAGCUCCGAGGCAAGUUAUGACUUCAACUACGACAAACAUGGCAACGAGGUCGAAGGAAGAGGCUGGGCGUUCAUGCAGAACAUGAAGGACACAAGAUGGGACUUUGCACUGGUGCUACGGCAAAAAUACCAGGAAGAGGUGUUUAGGAAAGCGUUGGCGAAGGAGGGCGUCCAACUCGAUGCGCCGUAUACACUAGUGGGUAUUGAGGUGAUACAAGGGGUUGAGAUGGGUGGCCACAGGGUGCUGGCUACCAUCGAACAUGGCUCGACCAAGGCUAAGAGCGUGGUCAAGUGUCGAUAUCUAGUCGGUGCAGACGGCGGUCGAUCAUUUGUACGACGAGCUAUGAACAUCCCCUUUGACGGCUCCUCGAGCGAAGACAAAUGGGUUCGCGUUGACGGCGUCAUCGAAACCGACAUCCCAAAGCCCAGAACCUACUGCGCCAUUGAAUCACCUACUCACGGAAAUGUCCUCUGGGCAGCGCUAGACCGAGGCGCAACGCGCAUCGGCUUCGCAUUCACAGCCGAGCGACAGAAAGUGUAUAAAGUCUUCGACGAAGCUGCCGCCGUGAAAGAAGCCAUUGCAUCCGUUAAGCCAUUCAACCUUUCAUUUAAACAAGUAGAUUGGUGGACUAUCUACGUCGUCGGGCAGCGCAUCGCCCGUUCCUUCUUCGUAAACGACUCUAUCUUCCUCGCCGGUGACGCAUGCCAUACGCACAGUUCUGGCGCAGCGCAAGGCAUGAACACCGGUAUGCACGACGCUGUGAAUCUAGGCUGGAAACUCUCCCUCGUCCUCCGGGGUCUCGCUAAACCGGACCUCUUGCAUUCGUACGAAGCGGAACGGCUGCCUAACGUACAGCGGUUGAUCAAUUAUGACAAGGAUAUCUCGCGCCUCAUGACGAUGCAGUUGCCAGAGGGUUGGACGGGUGAUCCAAAUGCGGAUCCGAAUGAGAUACUGGGUGUAGUGAUGGCGGAAGCGGCCACGUUUAGUAGUGGUUUGGGUAUCUACUAUGAACCGGAUUCUUACUUGAACCUUACGCAGAGUUCGGGUAUAUCGUCGGUGCAGCCUGGUCAGCGCGCACCAGAUGUCAGGCUGCAGAAACCUGCGACGUUUGAAUCUACGCGACUGCAAACCGAGACACCGAAUACGGCAAGAUUUUAUGUUGUGCUUUUCGCUGGAGAGGUGGCGCGCACGAAAAUCGCUGUGGCGUCGUUUAUGGCAGCGAUCGAGAAGCUCUCUUGGCUGAGUGAUUCAGACGCUCCGGUAUCAUGCCUUUCCAUUAUCGCAGGGCCGGGUGGGUCGUCAGCGUAUGAGACAUUGGGCGGUAUGCCGUUCGGUCGCGUGUUUUACGAUGAAGAUUGUAGUGCGCAUUUGAGCGUCAUGGCUGAGCCUGCCAGUCAAGUGGUGUCUGAAUCUAGUGCAGCAGAGAGAGAGUUUCUUAAAGCUGCUCAAGGAGACAGAUACAACUCCCGUUCUUGGAAGGAUUUGAAGACAAGCUCCCAUUUCGAGGAUUGGCAGGGAGUCGAAAUGUUUCUGAGGUCGAAUGAUCGAAGAGAUCACGUUACCCACUUUCUUAGAGUGCCAGUAAAGGACGGGACAACAUCGUCGAUUUUCAAAGACAGACUUGAACAUCUAUUGCCACUCGGCUCACCAGAGAUUACAAGCGGCCAUGACAAUCAUGCUAUGCGAGGUCAAAUCGGUACUGUCAGCGUGUUGGUGGAGACGCCUAGUCAUUGCAUGCCGUACGUGUAUCUCUCAUUGUUACAGGAAAGGUCUGAAGUAUCGACGGUAGUGUUGGUGUACGCAACAGAGGAUGAUCCGACGGACUGGCUAGAUGAGGAUGACAGCCAACCGUCUUUUACUUUGGUCUACAAGCUUUUGCUUUCGUACAUGACAUCCGUCAUUGGAAAAGCUAAGAGAAUCGACGCAAAAAUUCGCCUCGUAGAAGCGGCCUUGGAAUCAAGAGACAUGGCCAGUCUGAGCGACCUACUUCACCAACUAAAUGUUAUCAGCCAUGAGAUCAGAGCCUCCAACUUCGAGCAUCAGGCGCUUUUCAGUCGAAAAGCUGCCAUAUGGGUAUUUCCCGCUAUGGAGCGCGCAGGCCGCAGUACAUGGGGUCACCGGCUGCGGGAGAUAAGUGAUUCGAUGGAAGCUUGGCAGCCAAGCAAGCAGAAAGAACGCAUUUCGGAGCUGCGCAUACAUACCGAUGAUGUUAGGGACGAACUGCGUCAAAAACGAGAAGAAGAACGGCAGAAGCGGGAAGACGCUCGGCAAGAACGAGAAGAAAUACGAGCAAUAAAGGAACAAGAGCGUCUCGACGAGAGCAUAAGGAUUGCCAAAGAGACGAAACGCGACAGCCGUACUAUGCGUGGCAUAGCUUGGGUUACCAUUGCGUUCCUACCCGCAACGUUUGUGGCCUCAUUCUUCGGCAUGAAUUUCUUUAAUGGCAUUGCAGGAAACGUUCCAUUCGACGACGCAAGUCACAAUGUCUGGCUUUUCUUCGCAAUCGCCGUACCAGUUAGCGGCGUUGUUCUGUUUACGUUCUACUUUUGGGACGAGUACGAGAGGAAGAAGGAUGAGAAGAAGGUGGAUGGAGAGAGGACCUCUACGAUCAGUUCGUGA